AGUAACCGUAUGUUUCUUAGCUGUAUGCAUAGGCUUGCUGGCUCUAGGGGCUCGGUUUAGUGGGCGCGGUCCCUCCCCUUUGAGGGCGGUGCCAUUGAUGCCACACCCCCUCGUCUGCUCUGACUAAACUGUGAUGCGUCACGUAGCCAGAGACUCGCGGGAAAACAGUGAGCUUCCCUUAGCAGGGAGGGUAUGGUCGCGGUCUUGCGUCUUCCGGCUUCUACAGCCACUUCCCACGGAAGCCGGAGGAUCCGCCCUCUAGACUAUCUUCCGGCACACACGUCUGUUAGCUCCCCUCAGUGGCUGCUGCUCCACACUCGCGCUCUGGUUCGCGCCUACUGGGGGACGCUGUCCCCACGCUACUCACUGUCCGGUCCCCUCCCACCCAUUUAAAAUGUCUAAUAAUCUCCAGAGCGUCUUUCUGAAAACCGCAGAGGAAAAGUCGGGCUCGCACUGUGUUUCAGGGUGCAUGUACCAAGUAGUUUCUACGAUUGGCACCGAUGGAAAAAAACUUCUGCAAUUACUUCCAAUUCCUAAAUCUUCUGGAAAUCUUAUCCCAGUAGCUCAAUCUCCAGUCAUGUCUCAUGGUUUGAAAGGGAGUACUGAAAAACCAGUUCAAGUUACUUUUCAAACUCAGAUUUCCAGCUCUUCCACAAGUGCAUCAGUUCAAUUGCCUGUUUUUCAGCCAGCCACUACUACAAAAUAUUUCCUUACAGGAACAGUAGUAGAUACAUCAGAAAAAGAUAGAUUUACUUCUGUGGGGACUGAAAAUUUUACACCACCAAUUUCUAACAUUCAGAAUCAUGGUGUGAAAAUUCAUAAUCUCACCAAGCAAACAUUUACCCUCCCUCCCUCAACACAAAAUGCUUCAUCUUAUUUCAUAGUCAAUACCCCAAGACUCCCAGCAAAUGUGAAUUCUUCAGUUUUGCCUUCUGGGCAUCAUUUAAAGAUUCCAGCCCAUGCUGAAAUGAAAUCCGUACUUGCAUCAUCUUUGCCUCCUUUGGUUCAGCAAAAGAUACUUGGAACUGCAACCACAAGUACUUCAGGAAAAGUUGAGGCCUCCCAAAUACCAACAGUUAUUUAUGUACCUCCUGUAAAUACAGUGAAAUUUUUUGUUAUCAAGAAAACUCAGGAAACUUACCCCAAGCCAGUGACAUUCAAUACCUCACAAAUUCCACCAAAUGUUGCCACAGAAACACAGUUGAAAAGUGGUCAGCAUCCUCAAGCUGUUCCAGUGAACUCAAUUUUUCAAGAGUAUCUACAGCCUGGAAUUCCAUGUCUUGUUCCUGUUAAGUCUUCAAAUAAUGAGGCUUCAAAGGUUUUAAACACUUUUGUAGAUAGGAAAAAUCUGGGAAGUAAUACAAUAGAUACACCUCUGUUGAGUUCUAGAAACAAUAGUUCUAGCAGGACACAGUUUGUAAGUGUGCCUGUUAAAGAUAAUGCUUUGAUAAUGUGUAAUGGGAAAUUCUUCUUGAAUAAAACGGGGACAUAUGGUCUGCCAUCAAAAAUUGACCAGCAGAAUCCUGUUUCUUCUGAUACUCCUCUAAAAGAGUCAUCACAGGUAGUAAGUUCAAGUCCAGUCAAAGAAAUAUCCCAAGAGGUUUUAAAUAGUGUUUUGGUUAAAAGUAAAUCUUUUCAGUUGAAGACAAAAUCACUUUCAAAUUCCCAGCUUGCUUCCAUGGCCAAUCUAAGAGCAGAGAAGAAUGAAAAAGUGGAGAGACCAUCUCUUUCUGUCACAAAUCCACAUACUGUGAACCAGUCCACUCACUACCUUAAACAGUGUAAGACUGUAUUUAUAAAUCCAGUUUUUCCAGAUGGAUUUAGGACAGGACAGAAUGCCCCCAGAAAAGGAAAUCUCGUCCAGAACAUAGAGAAAACAUGUUCCUCUGUUGAUGCAGCAACUAUUACUUCUCAACAGUGUGUUUUCAGAGACCAAGAAUCACAGACCCAGUAUGAGAUGGCAUCAAUAUUAAAAAAAGAUAUUCAACAAAGAAGUAGCAAGAAAUAUUCUCAAGGAAGCCAUACUAAGGCAUCAUAUCUGAAGAAUGAUGCUGAAUAUAAAAAGUUAUUUGGUCUCACUAAAGAUUUGAGAGUAUGUCUUACUCGAAUUCCUGACCAUCUGGUCUCUAAAAAAGGUUUUGAUUCCUUUAACAGUUUGGUGAAAAGUAGUUCUUACAAAGAUACAGACUUUGUGGUGAAGGAAGAAGAAAAAACACAGAGUUCCUUUAAGAAAAGAAAAGCAAAAACCAUGAAGAAGAUGGAUUACACAAAAAGGAGAAAAACUGAGAAUGCUGGUGACACGGUCAUGAACAUCAUGAAUGGAACUGAUGUUGCUAGUUCCCAGCUCCUUAGUAGUAUUUUACCAACAUCAGACCUAUCACAACAUCACAGUGUCACAAGCCAUAGUACAACCAGGGAAGACAAGAGAACUGAGGCAGAAGACUGUUCUCAUGAGAAGCAGGACAAAGGCACAUUAAGCACAUCUUUUGAACAAAGUAAUUAUUUUAAUAAAAACUAUACUGAAGAUAUUUUUCCAGUGACACCACCAGAACUAGAAGAAACGAUAAGAGAUGAAAAAAUAAGAAGACUUAAGCAAAUUCUAAGAGAAAAAGAAGCAGCUCUUGAAGAAUUGCGUAGGAAGAUGCACCAGAAACAAUAAAAUGUGAAUGGGUUAUACACUUAGAUUACUACAGUAGUCCCCUCCUACUUGUAAUGGAUCCCCAGUGGAUACCUGAAACUGGAGGUGAUACCAGAUCUUUUAAUAAAACCACUAUAAAGUCAUGACAUUUGAUACCAACUAAGUGUCUACUUAAAUAACAGGCAAGUUAUAUACAAUAUAAAUAUACUGAAUGAAGAGGAUAAUUAAUGUCCUCAACAGAACACUGAAAUUUUUGUCAUGCUACUCAGAAAGAUAAUUUAAAAGUUAAAAAUUCAUUCUCGAGUUUCUCAUCUAUACUUAAGACAGCUGUGUAUGAUGAGGACUAAAACCAAAAGCAACUACAAGUUAUAAGGGACUGCUCUGUUACUUGUAAAGGUGCUCUGAAAGUGUCUUUGUAUAUGAAACUUGAAUUCCAAAAAGGUUUGUGUCAUAUGACUUGUCAAUAAUCUACAUAAAGUAUUUUGACUUGCUUGUUUUAGAAGAAAAGUUUGGGUAUUUUUCUGUGAAAUGCAAUUCUUCAAAUUUUGCAUUUUGUAUAAGGUUUCUGUUAAUGUUUUAAGCUAAAUUCCUCAGGUCUUACCCUAAGAAUAUUGUGUACUAAAAUUCUACAAUCCAAGAUAUAAAGUCAGCUGUAAGCAUACCUUUACCAUUGAGUUUAUAUGUGAACUGUCUUGGUCUUCUUACCCAUAAAAAUUAUACAAACAAUUUGCUGUUAUUUUUAUUUCAUCAAUAAAAUCUAUUAUAGUAAA